UGCAACUUAGUGUAAUAUUGAUUUGUUCUGAAAGAUCGUUGAUUGAUUUGCAAUUAAUCUAAAAAUAGAUCCAAGAGGAAUUCAUUCGAUGUGGUAAAAUAGUUUCGAGAUAUGUAAAUUUGGACCACUGGAGAAAACAAGCGUCAUGUCGAAUCUUGCCAAAGAAUGUAUGUUGUUAUUAUUAAUAUUCAUUGUGACGAUAACAUGUAAAGACCACAGUCGGCGACAGCAUAAGAACAAAACAGAUGAGCUAUCAUUAUGGAUAAAUGAACAACAAAUGAAAAAGUUGUCAGGCAUUCAAAUAAAAGUUUUCGCAAUUGACAAUGGACGAGUAAAUAAUGAACUGAGAAACCCAAAUUUCAACCAAUACUUACCAACGAUACCAUCUGAAGUGAAUUCUGUAAAUUUUACGUGGGAUGCUGGCAAUAAAUAUUAUCUGUAUAAUUUCGACCGAUUGAAGUCUCUCGAUGAAACAAUUCUACAAGCUCCAACAGUUUCAAUCGAACCUAAAGGGCGCAUACCAAGGAAAGAAAGUGGUUUUAGCAUAUUUCUACCUUGUACUGGAAAUAGCUCCGGAACAGCUACAUUCAGUAUAAGCCUUUCGAUUCAAAAUCGAAAAGGUAGAGCAGUGCCGGGUACACCACUUCGCUUAAAGUUUAAGAAGGAAUGUGCAACGCGAGGUGUGUAUGAUAGAACAUCAUUGCAAGGUCCUAUACCUGAUCCUGACUGUGACAAAAAGUGCAAGAACAAUGGCUUCUGCAACAAUGACAAAAUAUGUCAAUGCAAGGAAGGCUAUAUGGGUCAAUACUGCCAGACGGCGUUAUGCUAUCCACAAUGUAUGAAUGGAGGAAAUUGCACGGCACCAGCUGUGUGCUCGUGUCCCCCAGGAUAUCAAGGCCCACAUUGCGAAGGAGGAAUUUGUACAGAGAAGUGUUUGAAUGGUGGUAAAUGCAUUCAAAAAGAUAAAUGCCAAUGCACCAAAGGUUAUUACGGAUUCCGCUGUGAAUUUUCCAAAUGCGUUAUACCCUGCAUGAACAGUGGAAAAUGUAUUGGAAACAAUGUCUGUCGAUGCCCGCCAGGUUUUGGAGGAAAUCACUGUGAAAUUGGUCGUCGUCAACGUUCAAUUUGCAAAAAGCCUUGUAAACAUGGUGUAUGUCGCCAAAAAACUCAAAAAUGUAAAUGUGAUAAAGGAUGGUAUGGUGCAUACUGCAAUUCACGCGAGCGACGUCGUCAGCGAAGAAAAAAUCCAAAGGUCGAACAAUAAAUGAAACAAAAAAAAAAGGGAUAGUGAUGUGGUGUCAUUUACGUAGUUUUGUGAUAAACAUGUUUAAUAAAUGUUAAAAACGUA